GACAUUGGCGAUGGCUGGUGGGAAGCAAAGAAUGACCAAGGGGACCAGGGUCUGGUGCCUGAGUCCUAUGUGGAGAUCCUGUCUGUACCAGAGCCCGAUUUCCUCCCUCCUCCCCCACCCCCAGCUGUGUCAGAACCCUCUGCCCCGCCCUUAUCAUUGCCUAGCAACGGUUUCUCCGCUCCACCACCACAACAGCAGCAACAGCAGCAGCAACAGUACAAUGCACAGCAGAGUUUCGAUGAUUGGGACGAGGACUGGGAUGAUGAUGAUGAUGAGUCAAGCAAUAGUACCAUUGGACAUAGUCAGGAUUUAGGAGGUCAGGGCAACUUUGGCCUAUCAGCGCCGACGAAACGAGAAAAGCAGCUCUCCCCUGGCACGGAGAUGUCCAAGUAUGGUACUGUCAAGAGUAGUUUUAGCAGAUUUUCAAGUUUUGCCAAGACGGGCGGAGAUGCUUUCUUGAUGGGCCAGACAAACGACCGCGUGCCGGAUAGUGACAAAAUCAAAAUCAUUGAUACUGCUGAUGGCCCAAUGUGGUUGAACCAGGACAGUGCGUACACUUGUGCCGUCACAUCGCCCAAGAAAGAGAGCAAGAUGAAGGGGCUCAAGAGUUACAUCGCUUACCAGCUGCAGCCAUCUUUCAGCAACAUCGUGGUCAGCCGGAGGUACAAGCAUUUUGAUUGGCUCUUGGAACGACUGGAGGCCAAGUUUGUGUGCAUCCCCAUCCCUCCUCUACCAGAUAAAGCUGUCACGGGUCGUUAUGAGGAUGACUUUAUACAGGAGCGAAUGCGUCAGUUGCAAGGUUGGGUCAACCGCAUGGUGCGUCAUCCAGUCAUCUGCCGCAGCGAGGUGUUUCACCAUUUUCUCACCUGUACGGACGACAAGAAAUGGAAAAACGGCAAACGCAAAGCAGAGAAAGAUGAGUUCCAAGGUGGAAAGUUUUUCCAUGUUCUUCAGACGCCAACUGAGCAGUUGGACAUUCGUGACAUUGAAAAGAAGAUGGAAGUGUUCAUCAAGUUUGUCAACAGCAUGACAGACAAUGUGAAGAAUUUGAUCACAGUCCACCACGAGUAUGCAAAAAAGCAAUUAGGCCCGUUCAAACGAGAGUACAGUAAAAUUGGCAGCAGUUAUCGCCAGCUGGCCCAGACUUUCACCAUGGACAAGGGAGCAUAUGCCCAAAGGUUGACUGCCGCUAUAGACUACACUGGAGAAGCUUUCAAUGAUAUAGGAGAAAUGUUUGCCAAGCAGCCACCGAAAGAUUCAUACCCACUCCUGGAGAGCCUGUAUGAGUACAAAGGUGUACUGCAUGUUUAUCCUGAUGUGCUGAAAGUUCAUGAGGGUGCGAUCGGGAAAGCCAAGGACUGCAUGAAACUCCAGGAGGAAGGCAAGAUGUCGGAGUCAGAGGUGAACAGCGUGCUGGCCCGAGCUGACACCAUUUCGUACGGAACCCUGAGCGAGAUGAACCACUUCCAGCAUGAGAGAGUGGUCGACUUCAAGCACAUGAUGCAGAGUUACCUCAGGGAGCAGAUCGAGUUCUACAAGCAGGUGACAAGCAAGCUGGAACAAGCCUUACAGCAUUAUGAUGAUGCAUAAUGGUCGCUGCACGUAGGUGGGAACCAAGCCUGUGCGUAGCGGUGCUAAUUUGUGCACAAUAUGUCAACAUUGUUUAUGUUUUUAUAUAAGUGUACACUUGUACAGAGAGCCAGCAUAGUAUGCCCAAUAGUGAUUCAGCAUCUGUUAUGCCAAGUGCACAUGAAUGACCCGUAAGAGAAAGUAAAUUCAUUUGAUUGAAUGUUCUUCUACAUGAGUUAAUGAUGAAUAACCUACUGAAUGGUUUGUCUGAGUAGUUGCUUGUUGCGAUUGGAUAAUCUUGACUGGCAGGGUGGGCUGCCUACCUGAACAGGUCACCUGGAUAAUUGAUAAUAUCCCCUGAACAAAUGCAUCCUCGCCCAUCUGCCUUGUAAUAUUUCUGUUUGCAGCGUCAUCCUGUCUGUCCCUCCAGGUUCAAGUUUGUACUCUAUUGAAAACUAGAGAGGUCAUAGUGAAAUACCGAUUGUUACUGUAAAGGAUAUUUAUCUAUACAUAUAUAUAUAUUAAAUGUGAAAAUACUGUGAACAUAUUAUGCGAUGUUAUUGAAUGAAACUUUGUUCCCAUUUUGCUUAUGGAGAGAAGUGCCUAUCUUUUCAAUUCGAAGAAAUUUUGUAGUUGGAGCCGGGGUGGGGGGGUGCAAUGUGUUUUGUUUUGCCCUACGUGCUGGUCACUUGUACUGUGCAACCAUCAUUUUUCAGUGUUCCUGUGACAGUUCUUUGGCUGCUACUAUUUUUUCCCUCCUUAUGGUUGACAAACAUUAAGUAAAAACAUUUCUGCUUUGAUGAGAGUACUGCAGAGUGGAUUUUUGUUUUAAGGGACUGUCUCUGAUUUGUCAUGAAGUCUGCCAACAGGAGAUCGUAAAUUGCCGAUUACUUACUCUUUAUCUUGCCUUAAAAAAGUGAAAUUUCUGUAGUGAUAUUGACUUUACGUUCUAUGUUUAGGAUCAGAAUUUCCUGAAAAAAUUACCCUUUUUUGGGGGGAGGUGCUGAAUCAGUAUGAAAUAUGCCUGUCUGUUGAAAUUUUGGGUUUGUUUUGUUCUUGCGGCCUUCUUUUUUAAUUGAGUCUUAUUGUGAGUCCUGGCAAAGAAUCUUAGAACCAGUUUGUGCCUGUACAGAGAUGUGUACUGUGAUUUCUAUGUGUGCUUAAAACUACAUAUUAUGGGGGUGAUAACCUGUUGUCGUUACUACCGCUUGGGGGGUGCUUGUUUUUUUGUUUAGUUAUCAGUUUUGCUGCUCUGAGCUGUCACAUAUUUAUGUUAUAUAUAUAUAUACUUAACAACAUACUUUCAUGUGAGAUAUUAUUAUUAUUAUUUUUAUUAAAGUUUGCAAUAGAUGUUUGAAAUAAUGGUCAGAUUUUCAGUUGUGAUUUUUUGUCUGUCUGAGACGGGUCAUCCUGUAGAAGUCUGAUGUCCUUUACUUUAUUGUGGAGUUCGCUAUUUAUUUAUGUUUCGUGUCCACGGCCUUGGGAGCAAAACCUCCAUAUUUAAAAUUAAUUUCUACAUUUUGUUGUAGAAUUAUGAGUAUCUCAAAUGUUUGUACUCACCUUGUAAAAGCAGGUCGAACAUAGAUACUCCUUUUUUUUCUUGCAACGACACUUUGCCAAUUAAAACAAAUGGUCGUGAAAGUUUAUCUCCCUCUCCUUUCAAUGACUCGACCUCCGAAGUUGUAGAUGCCAGAAAUGUCCAUACCAUGUCCAAGCAACUUAUCUUCUUCAGUUGUAUUAACUUGAGGUGCACACUGACAUCUGUGGAGUUAUGGUUGUGCUUUUCGACUUUGCUCGCAGAAGAUGAUACUCAUAUCAAGUAUCAUUGCCUGUCUUUUGGGUUGCUGUAGGUCACUCAGCUUGAGUAUGCCACCUUCUAAAUCUAAACUGUGUCGAAGAGAGCGUAAAACAUUUACAAUCAGUCAUUUACAAUCUAUCGGGUGCAAUAUGCACUCUCCUGUGAAAUUGUCUUUGUCUCUGUUACACAGUUUUCUUCCAACAAACCAUUGAUACGCCAUUGUGCUUUUAUUUUUCCCUCUUGACAUUAACAUUUUGUCGGGGCAGAAGUCUUUGGUAUGUCCUGCCGUCAGGGAUGUGGGACAGCAUAAAUGCUCUGUACUCUCUCUGUCUAUGGAAACUGUACUGAGAUUUCUUAUGUUAGCGCUUACAGGGUGUAGCUAUCGCACCCGGUGUUGAUGUAUGUAUGUGUGGUCUUAAAGAUCAAUCAGAUUUGUCAGUAUUGUUUGGCUGGGGCCUUUAAUGAAAUAUGAAAUUGCGAACAGAGCAGGUAUAGAUUCACACUUUCACUGUGUGCUGUAUUUUAGACAGUAUAAAAAUCUGGUAAAUGCUGGUACAAAUAUGUUGUCGGAAGAUGUUUGGUUAUUUUCCCUGUGUCUGACGGCGAUGAUAAUUAACUAGUGCUGCAAAUUUCCUUGUGAUGCAAAAUAGCUUGGGUUGUUGGUACAGGUCAUUGUCAUUGAAAAAUGGGCCUUGUUAUGAUUUUCUGAUGUCUGCAUAAGGAAAGUUAUGUUUUGCUACUUCGUUAUUGUUUUUUAUUUCUAAUUUGUCACUUUUAAAAUGUUUAUUGAUACUGUGGUCAUGAUAGACCUUAGUUAAACUCAGAUUGAAAUACUGGGUGUGUACUAACAUUUAUAGCAGCUUAUAAUCACCAAUGUUGUGCUAGUUUUCAAUUGUGCAAUGCUAUUUCUAUGACUGCAUGUAAGAAAUUGAGAUGUUAGCUAACUGACACAUAUGCAUGUAAUAUAUAAAUAUCAUAUAUUAUGAAUAAUUAAAAUGAUUCAAUGAGGACUUGUAGUUUACAGGAGCCAAUAGGUUGGCAUGUUGAAACCUACAUGAUGUAGUGUGUUUACCUGGUAAUGAAUGCUGCAUGUGUUUGAAAUGGAUAUCUAUGGGAUGUGUGUGCAAGGGGUUUAGGAGGGGGGGGGGGAUUUCAAUGUUUGUUCGAGGGAUGGGAGAAGUAAAUGGUAGAUGCAAAAUCUUUAAAAUUAUCAUCUGCAUUUAGGCAUACUUUUUUCAUGGGCUACAGCUUUUGAGUAUGGUUUAAUGCAAGAGAAAAGGAGACAGUGUGAGAGAGACUGAUGGAUAAUUUAUAGUGUUAAAGAGGUAGAGAGGAAGGGAGACAGUGUGUGAGAAAGACUGGGUGAAUGGAUUAUAAUGUUAGAGAGAUGGAGGGUGGGGGGGGGGAGGAUGUAAGAAAAAGACUGGGUGAAUGCUUGUGACAAGAUUGGUGAGAGAGAGGGACACAGAGAAAAAGUGAGAGAUUGUGAGUGUGAGAAAGACAAUGAGUGACAAUAUUGAUUAGAUAGAGGAAGAAGGAAUGAGUAAUUAACAGAGAUGGAGAGAGAGGAAGAGGGAAAAAAGUGGGAUUGAGUAUUAGACUCGAAAAGGACAAAAAGGCAAGGCUUUGGAUGCAGAGCAAAAGUUGGGAGGGGGGGGGGGCAGUUGGUUCUAGAUGUUUACAUACUGAAUUCUGUGUUUACCUGGAGCUAGGAAGCCUAUGGUGCUCGGAAUCUUGUGUAAACGCAGUAGUGACCACUGCCCCUUUAUGUGAGAGCAGCUGGGUGUUUCAGUGUGCUUAGUCGUAAACGUAGUCUUCACUUCUUUUUUCUUUUCGAGCAUUGCUGAUAGUGACUUUUUUUUCUUUCUUUUUUUUUGGUUUGUUUGUAUUGUUUUGAGGGGAAGGCAGGGGAUGAGAAUAGGCUCAAUAGAUUGAUUGUGGUUCUUUGUUUUGAGUUAAUAUGUUCCCGUUGAAUGUGUCGUUGUAUCCUUACUGGGUGCAACAUUAUCUUUGCUAAACUGUCAUAGUGAAUAUUUCUAUGAAAAUGUCAACAUUUUGUGCGUAUCCUAAUUUUUUUGUGUUAUCAAAACUCCCCCAUUAUACCUACUGCUGACUUAUUUUCUUUUAUGUUAAUUUGUAUCACACUUUGCCACUCUCAUUGUACUUUUCCAUUUCCUUGAUUGCAUUCAGGAAGAAUUUUUUUUUAACGUUUUUGUUUUGUUAUUUUCUUUUUUGUCACCACUUUUUUCCUUUACACUUUGUAUUUGAUGGACUGGUAGUGUUCAUGGUCAUGCACUAUUUUCUUGUGUUUUCAUCAGGUUCAGUUUCUGUCUCCCGUUUUUCUACCACUGACUUUUUGUAUGGAACUUUGUUUGUCUUAGUAGCUCUCACUCACAUUGUAGAUUUGGUAAUUGAAAAAGAUGUUCGUGUACGAGCAAUAUUUAUGUUGAUUGUAUCUUAACAAAAGCAUGAUUCCAUAAACUGUUAACGUAACUUUUUCCUCUUAUACUAUAAAACAAAAAAUAAUAUCUACUUUAAAAUCAAAGAGCAGAAAUAUCCUGUCUGCUGAAAAAUGCUGUGAAGUGGAUCCUUUUUAAAAUCAAAAUAAAGUGUUUUGGUUACCAGGUUUGGUUUAUUUUAUUAUUUCUUUUAAAAACGAAUUUAAAUUCAAUGGUUUUUUUUUUAUUCUUGUGGAAAAGUUUUGAAAAGGAAUGUUUGUGUGAACAGAGGCAAAUUGUGUCUUGUUGUAUUUUUGGGAGCAGAUUCAUUUACAAAGCCAUCACUUUCAUUUUAAUGAAUUUUGUUCUAGUAUGAAUUAAUUCCUGUGUGUUAACCCUUAUCUUGAGUGUGUUGUAUCAAUACAUUUAUUGCAUGAGAUGAAAUAUAGUUACAAAGCUCUCUAUUUUCCAUACAAUUAGGUCUUUCAAAUUAUGAAGUCGUUCUCAAAUUACAGGCCUUUGGCCCGGUAUUUAGAUGAUAACCCAAUAUGAAGAAGAUCAAUUUUUCUACCUUUGGUAGAAAGUAGAGUAACUAACUAGUCAUGUAGAUAGCUUACAGUUCUUGAUUCCAAAACCUUUCAAGACUGUCAAAGCUAAAUACUUUUUUGCUAAGGGGUUUGGUAUGUCUUUCAGUUUUCUGAUUGUUAAUGCCUCUACAGUCUUAUUGCAAUAAUUAAUACCUGUUCUGUAUCCCACUCCCUCCUCCUAUAGCUAGUUGCAUUGAUGAGAGAGAGAAUAUGAAA